UAAGCACUCUUUAGCAAUGUCAAACAUUUUGUACCCACUCGUGUCGUGUACCCAAAAUUAAUUACGAUUUUAAAACAAAAAUAUUAUUUAAAUAAACAUUUCGUUUUAUAUUUGUAGGUUAUUGAUAAUGAAAAUUCAAGAUCUGUAAACUGACAGUUUUUUAUACAGAAAUUGUGAUUGAACAUUUUAGAUAUUAUGACAGUUUUUAUUUGUUAGUAGUUGAGAAAGCCUGAGAAAAGAAAAUAUAAAAGUCAAGAUGAUGUUAAAAGGUGAAACAAUUGUCCACAAGCUAUGGUACUUCCUGAGCACAUACGUGCUGACGCUGAAGCGGUUCGACCUGUUCCUGCAAGGCUCGCUGCUGAUCGUCAUCCUGCUGGAGACCAACGUGUAUCUGCUGCUGAAGAGAGACGCCACUGACGGACAUCAUCCAGCUCUCGUAGAAGACUAUGUGUUGCUGGGCGCCGCGGGCCUGGAGUUCUGCCUGGCGGCCGUAGUGGCGUGGUGGGGUCGCGGGCGGAGGAACCUGGCGCUGUCCGGCUGGCUCGCUGUGACGUCAGCAGCUGGUCUGCUAGUGCUAGCCUUCCCUCAUGCUAAUGUUAAUCCUAUCGAUGUGGAGCUAUGCGGUGGCGACAAGGUCUCUAGUUUCUUCAGCAAUCAGAUAGUUGACGGCAACCUGUCUCCCAGGACGUCGUUCCUGAUCAUCACGGUGAUGCUGUGCGCCCUCACCAAGGUCAGCAUCUGGUCGCACGGCUUCACUUACCUCGACGAUCAUGACCCACAGAACGGACCUUACUUUUACGGUAUCCUGAUCUCCAUCCGGCUCUCCCUGGGCCUGAGCGGUCACAACUGGCUCCGUCCGAGCUCGGUCACCGAGGACUGGUGGAAGUCGCACCUGUCUCUCUGCAUGCUCACCUUCAUGUUCUCCGUACUGUUCACACUCUUCCCUCGGAGGAUGCCUAACUGUCAGACGGAAGAGACUGUGGGAUCUGACACAGGACUCUUCUCAUCCUUGGGUCGCCUGCUGAGGAACCGCGCGCUUGUGCUGCAGACUCUGGGGCUCUCCACGCUCAGUGCGGGAGUGUUCGGCUUCGUGCACUACGACAGAGAUUAUGUGCAGGCGAGAUUCCACAUAGAAGCAAUACGACAGGACCCUCGCACCUCUCGCACCGUGACUGACAUAUUCAGAUCUCUGGUCAUCAUUUUCUUCGUCAUGAUCUUCCGCGUGCGUUUCUCGGCGCAGCGUAUCGACGGCGUGAAGUCCAACACGGCGUCGCGCGUGGCCGGCGUGGUCGCCAUCUUUGUUGCCGUAUUCUUCACAGUGCUAACUAUUGUAGGCUGUGACGUCGGAGAGAUACAAGGACUAAAGAAUUGGGAGUUCGAACAGCCGACCUGCAGUCAGGCCUGCGGAUGCACCUCAGAGCGUUACGGGUUCAGUCCGGUGUGCGAGCUGCAGUCGCGCACCACGUACUUCUCCCCCUGUAACGCAGGAUGUACCAGCGUCGAGGAUCUCAACGGUGUCUUGCUGUACGACAGAUGCUCGUGCGGGGCGGGCGCGGGGCGGGCGGUGCGCGGCGCCUGCUCCAUGACGUCAUGCCGGCUCGCCUUCGCCGCCUACCAGAUACUCUACACCGUCAUGCUGGCUGUCUCAGCAUCCUGUUUCCUGAUGCAAGGCAUGGCGGUGGUCCGCAGCGUGCGCGCGGCGGACAAGGCGCUGGCGGUGGGCGCCUCCUCCGCGCUCGUGGCGCUGCUCGGCUUCGGGCUCGGACAUCUCGUCUACAUGCUCAUCAGCUACCUGACGUGCAUGUACUGGUCCGGCGGCUCGUGCCAGCUGCACUACACGUGGCUGUGGGCCGCGGGCGCCGCCAGCGCCGCGCUGGCCGCCGUGACGUCACUGCUGAGCCUGGCCGCCAGCAAGGCUAGGCACGACCGACACGAACCACCCACUACAGAGCUAUGAUGAAAAAAACAGAUAUUUGUAGGUAUUAUUGACUAUUUUUUUGCAAAUUCAACCUUAACGACAUGCUUUAAAGUUGUUUUUGCAAUGCAGGAUUGCUUGCAACUGACACACAAUUUUCAUGGUUGAAUAUUUUGGGUAGAGGUUAUUACAACACUGUAAGUGGUAUGCAAAAACACAUUGUACAGAGUAUAUUACAUUAAACAGCAAUUAAGAUAGCAUAACAACCAAGGACCACAUUUUGCUGUGACUAUCAGCCCCGAAACUACUAAUUAUCAAAAAAUCGUUGCUGGAAUUGUACGAAAACAUAUUUUAGCAAAC